AUGUUGUAUGUCAGACCCAAGUUGUUGGCUUCCGUCGCCGCCAUCUUCACCAUCGCCCUGUUCCUCUGGAGUCUCAACCACUAUGAUGACGCUGCCCUGAAUUGCUUCACUAAGCCUGGCCAUCGUCUCUCCUCUGGGCUUUGUUCAUCUUUUCCAUCCUUCUCAUCCUCCUCAUCCUCCUCAUCUCCCCCCUCCCCCCUGCCAGCCUCAUCACCAUCACAUCAUGGAACUCCUCAACCAAAACUCGAAUUGGGACAGCCAAACCAGCUCUGCGAUACAUCAGGCAUAGUAACAACCCAUCCCCUAUCCUUCCCAGAAUGGCUAAUCGCAAAGAACUACACACGCACCUAUCUGCGGGCCCACCGCCUUGCCCCCGAAACACAAUUCAAAUCCCUAGAAACCAUCCACGGCCGGGUUCUGCAGCCUUUCCGCCCCAUGAACCGUGGGAUGACAGGAGAUCAAUCCUCCAACGAGAAAUCCCAACCCUGCCCACCCGUAGUGGACAUCGAUGUAGCCGCUGACCACGACCCAUCCCAGACAUCCAAAAUCCUCUUCGGCCUCGCAACAACCACAGACCGUCUACGCCACUUCCUCCCUUCCUUGCUAUACUCCUACGGUUCCACGCAAGCUAGCCUCCUCGUCCUCGUCCCCUCCGACACCGAAAACCUGCGCGAGCACGAAGCCUUCUUCCGAAAUGCCGGGCUAGACAUCACCCUCCAAACAAGCCCCCUGGAAUUCACAGACCGCUACUUCUCUCUUGUCAACGCCUUCAUAUCACACAUCGAAACCCACCGGCCCGACACAACCUGGGUCAGCUGGGUGGAUGACGACACCUUCUUCCUCUCCCUCCCCUCCCUAGCCACAAAUUUAUCCACCCUCAACGCUUCAAAACCCAUCUACCUUGGCUCCCUCUCGGAAGCAAGUACGCAGGUCGAUACAUGGGGCCACAUGGGCUUCGGGGGCGCGGGGGUCUUCGUUUCCAUUCCCCUACUCGAACAACUGUACGAUGUGUAUGAGAUGUGCGUGCAAUGGGGUUCCCAGCCCGGUGACCAGAAGCUGGCGCAGUGCAUUGAGACAUUCAGUCAUACAAAUUUGACGACGUGGGAUUCGCUAUAUCAGGUGGAUCUACGGGGCGUUGUGGACGGGCUCUUCGAGUCUGGGAGGAGAAUUGACAGCCUGCACCAUUGGGACAGUUGGUACACAAAGGAUGUUGUUAAGAUGAGCACUGUUGCCGUUGUCGCAGGGAGGCGGUCUGUACUGCGCCGAUGGCGGUUCGACGAAGGUAUCAUCCUCGACGAGGAAACGAGGACAAUAUCGAAAAUCUUCUGGGUCUUGACGAAUGGCUACUCGCUUGUGAAAUACACUAUAACGGACCCGAAGCUAUUCGCCACCGAUGCGGUGGAUUUCGAUAAGAUCGAGAAGACAUGGGAUGAGGAGCAUGGGUUUGAGAGGAGGCUUGGGCCGCUGAGGCCGAAGGAGCAGGCAGGCGUGAGGAAGGAGAGGUGGUUGUUGGAGGAUGCGAUUGUUAUUGGGGGGGAUGUGUAUCAGAGUUAUGUGAGGAACGGGGAAGAGGAAAAUGCUAGAGAAGGGCAUAGCGUUAUUGAGUUAGUGUGGUUGGGGUCAAAGAUGUGA